AUGGACGAGGCAGAAGUCGACGAGCUGCGGCACCUCACGGAGCGCGUGUGUGAAACCGUCGCGGCGUACGCUGGCGCGCAAUUGGACGGUUCGCUCGAAUCGAUGCAGAUACUGGAGACUGUGCUGGCGGCUGUGAACGCCAAGUACGUGGGCAUGCGACGGGAGCUCAAGAGCAUUGGCAAGUUGUCGAAGGUGUUGGAGGCUCGCGCCGCUGCACUGCGGGAAAAGAGGACCGUCAUUGACGACGUCGACGAGGAGCUGGCCGAGCUCGAGGAUAUGGUCGAGCAGCUCGAGAAGUACACGGAGUCUCUCGAAGCCAAGUUUUAUGAAGUGUGCUAG